GCCGGCAAAGUGUCAAAAUUCUCUAAAUGACAAACACUAAAUCGCAAUAGAAAAUUUCAGUAGUGAUUUCGUGAUAAUUCAGGAGUUAAUUGUGAAAUUCGCACAAAUUUAGAGCAAUUGAGUGAAGUGUCUAGUGGAAGAAGAAGCAUCAACGGAGAGUUUUUUAAAGAAAAGAGUCGGAGGACUUUCAUCUGGUCAUCAUCUCUGAAAGGAGAAUUUUCCCAGCGUCAGAAAAAAAAGCACAAGAGAGUCUUUGAAGCAGAGAAAGGGGCCAAAAAAAAGGACAAAGAAGAAAAAUAUCCUGGGAAUUAUUUUAAGAGAAAAUUUACAAUAAUAGUAUAAAAAAAAGUCCACCCAUCACUGAAGAAAAAGCACUCUCCUGAGGAGUGUAUUCUAUUUUUUCCUUUCGUACAUCGCCGCAAGCAGGAAAAUUAUGGUUGUUUGUCGUGUCACGCAGAGAUUUGGGGCCCUUGGAGCAGCUUUUGUUGCUCUUCGUCUUUUGUCCACCGCACCAAGAGUUAUGGCUUGUUCAGCUGACCAGGGAGAUCCCAAGACGGCCAAUUCCGUCUACGAUUUCACGGCCAAUGACAUCAAGGGGCAGCCAGUGAGUCUGGAGAAGUAUCGUGGGCAUCCCCUUGUAAUAGUCAACGUGGCAUCCAAAUGUGGAUACACAGCACAGCACUACAAGGAGCUCAAUGAACUCUACGAUGAAUUUGCAGAGUCGAAAGGCUUGAGGAUUUUGGCCUUUCCCUGUGACCAGUUUGCCCAUCAGGAACCAGGUACCAAUGAGGAGAUUGAAUGUUCAAUUCGAGAGCGAAAGGUGCAAUUUGAUCUGUUCGAGAAGGUUGAUGUGAAUGGGAAGUCAGCUCAUCCACUGUUCCAGUACCUCAAGAACAAACAGAAGGGGACAGUGUUUGAUUUCAUCAAGUGGAACUUUACCAAGUUCAUUGUUGACAAGGAGGGGCAGCCCGUGGAGAGACAUGGACCGAGCACAAGUCCUGCUGAGAUGAAGAAGAACCUCGAGAAGUAUCUCUGAAUUCAGCAACUUUCACUAAAACACUUUUCCUAUUAAUCGCAUUUUCUUUAAAACUGGGAUGAGGAAAUAUUUAUCCUUAAAAAAAAUAAACUUUCUGCCCAAACUCUUUCAGCGUUAGAUGUUAGGCUAUGUUUUGGCACACGCGAAUAUCGCAAAUAUUUUGUCAAAGAUAGAACAUUUUUUAUGUAACUCUGUAUGGAAAUCAAUAAAGAAGUGAAUUCAAAUA